CCGUAAUAUUCCUACACUGUGAGCAGUCGGUUCUUCACUACACUUAAAGGAUAAAUGCUUUCGUUUUUGCUCCGUGUUUUACAUUAAUAAACGUCUAAUUUUGAAACAGACACCAUUCACGCUGAAGUGCUGGCGCUACGGCGCUGAAGUAGACGAAGAGUUUGACGCAGUCCAGAAUCUGAACGAAGAUUAACGUUGUUCUUCCAAACUGCCGCAAGUUUAUCGCUUUCAGAGAUCGAGCGGUCGCACGUUUGACCCUAAACGCCCCAACGCUGCACUUGACUGUCCAGAGUUUCCUCGCAGCGCCUCGCUCUUAGACGAUGUUAGCGGUGCGAUCGUUGAUUUCUAAGCCAUGCCCCUUCUUGGUGAAGUCUCAGAUCGCCAGUCUGAUCCACACAAGCGCCAACAGCCAUAGCAGCGCCAAAGUCGCUGUGGUCCUGUCUGGAUGUGGAGUGUAUGAUGGCACAGAGAUCCAUGAGGCAUCAGCAAUUCUGGUGCACCUGAGUCGGGAAGGUGCAGAGGUGCAGAUGUUUGCUCCUGAUGUGACUCAGAUGCAUGUGAUAGAUCAUGGCAAAGGACAGCCUGCAGAAAAAGAAUCAAGAAACGUGUUAGCUGAGUCGGCUCGCAUUGCUCGAGGCAACAUCACUGACCUGGCUAAGCUGAAUGCCAGUAACCAUGAUGCAGUCAUUUUCCCUGGAGGCUUUGGAGCGGCCAAAAACCUGUCAACCUUUGCUGUUGAUGGAAAAGACUGUAGUGUGAAUAAGGAGGUGGAGCGCAUCCUAAAGGACUUUCAUAAAGCACGGAAGCCUAUUGGAUUGUGCUGCAUCUCUCCAGUGCUGGCGGCGAAGGUGCUUCCUGGUGUGGAGGUUACUGUGGGGCAUGAGGAAGAACAGGGGGGGAAAUGGCCAUAUGCCGGUACCGCACACGCCAUCACUGCCCUCGGUGCCAAACAUAAGAUCAAGGGGGUUACUGAAGCCCACGUUGAUCCGAAGAACAAGGUAGUAACCUCUCCUGCGUUCAUGUGCGAUACGAAGCUACACCACAUAUUUGAUGGGAUUGGCGCCAUGGUCCGAGACGUCCUGAAGCUCACCGGGAAAUGAGGGCAAGUGGCACGCAAAUACUUCAACAGCUUUUACGCGUCCUGCUCUUAGACACGUGUUCAUAUUUGACAAAUUCAACAUGUAUCUGACCUUUUCUUUUGUCUGUGUGGUCUAAACCUUUCAGUUCUACAAUUACAUUGAAAGCACAUUUGGAUCAUAUUCAGCAAAUAAACAUAAGACUGAAAAAUGCCAGUUUAGUAAAGCAAAACUUAUUAUAAACAAAUCCUAGCACCCAUGUUGUGAAUGUAAAGUACAAUUUGCCAGAUAUAUAGUUCUAGUGGAUCAGAAGGAAAUGCAGCACUCAGAAAGCAAAGCUGACUCUUUUAUAAGUGAGUGUUAAGUAGAGAAGCAAACGUUCUUUUCUUAUCUUACAUAUUAGAUACAUAGAUGGAUCAGCAAAAGAGUUCCAAGUUUUCUUCAAGUGGACAGUCAUUAUAAAUCAAAAGCCUAUCUGUGAAGACGUUCUCAGCUGCAUUUCUAAUCACUUUCCAGCAGAGUGUGCUCUCGAAACUGAGACAGUGUGAACUUGUGAUGUAGUGCACGAAAGCAGUAUUUUUAAGAUUAAAAGAAAACUUUGAGAUGCGUCUGUGAUAAAUGUGCUUGAUAUGUAUACCCUUUCAAGAUAUGAGUUGUCUGUAAAUGAAUUAAAGUAUGAUUGAAGAA